CUUUCCAGAAGUGGCUGUGUGACCUUGACUUGACUAGAAGAAAGAUCAAGUCAACCAGCAGGGGUGUAGCUGAGGCAGCAGAGACAGGAUCAUCAUGGGUGUGGACCAAGUAUGUCCAGAGGGGCAGAUAGUCAGACAGUGUAUACAUCUUUUGCAAACCCUUCAGUAGUUGCAAAGUCACCUGAAGAGCAGACUAUCUGUUGGAUGGAAGCGACCAACAACUCUGAUAGAGGCAUAUGCCAAGUUUUUAAGUUCACCAGUGGGAGGUGGUGCUUUAGCAUUGCUGGCCCACCACCUUGAGGGAGUCUUGACCAUAAGCGGGCCAAAACUCCUGAAGACAGGUGGCAGGUCAACUGAUGAUCCCACUGGUGAUAGCACAGGACAGUUAACAUCUUAGUCCACGUGUAUUUUCAAUUCAAUACCUGCUGCUAUUCUUGUUGUCAGUUUGCAGAAUGCCUGUUGUGUCAUAGUUAACCUUUGCAGCCCUUGCACCCAUGCAGUACUGCUACUUCCAACCUUGCAGCGGCAAAGACAUUGUUUGAGAUCCACCAUCCAUUUGCAUAUUUAAAUAAUCUUUUCCAGACCCCAAAUUCUAUUGAAACCAAACCUCAGAAUCACACAAUUCAAGAUGAUCGCUGAAGCUAUGUGUAACUGUCUCAGAGACGUGUUUCAUUGAGAUGUUUAUUUUAUAUGUUUCUGUCAUAAAUUCAUAAUUAUUUGAGUUCAUAGCUGUAAAAAAGAUUAAAAAUGUAAUAAAUAAGAUGUUAAAAGGAUAACACUAAUAAAAAAAUUGUUUAAAACAUAUUACCUUAAAAUAUUGUUUGAUUAAGAAUUUUGUGCUUUUUAUAUAAGGUUUUAUUUACUGUAGAGUGUAAUGGGUCACAUGACCAGAGUUUAAUAAGAGCAUGACUGUGGCAUUAUGGGUCAGAACCAACAUGGAGGCAGAGAAAGACUUAUGGUCCUAAAAUAAUCUUAUUCUGCAUGUGCUCCAAGAGGCGCACACGGUAAUUGCAGAAUGUCAGAAUGAAGAGGAAAUCGAAGGGCAGAAAGAAAAGAACAAUCGAAUCCCUAAUGGAGAACCUCCACUAAAUAUUGCAGAACAGGGACCAUCUAAGAUGGAAAAGAGUACCAGAGAUACUGUUCCAAAUGAUGAGCCACUGAAAUUGGGUGCCACUGCAGAAGCAGUAACUGAUAAGCUCCAAGUACCUGGAUCGCACCAGGAAAUGCAAGACUCUGUGACAGGGAAGAAAAAGUCCAAGAAGUUUCGUAUGAAGACGAAGAAUACUGUUGGACCAGGCAAUGUAGGGGAUGACUCUGGAAAUUUAAGCGUAAAUCGUUUGUCUGAUUUUUACACUAAGCCAUUGCCACCAGUACCAACAAGUCAGAAACCAGACUCUGAGGCCCUUGAUGUCUGAAGGUCUCGGCGGUCUGAAGGUCGUGAUUCUCUUUAAAGAGAAAUAAUUGUAUGUAUAGUCACGACAUAAAAAAAGUUGUUUUAUGAAAUCAGGGAAGACCUGUGGGACCUACUACUAAGAAGAAAAAGAAUUGAAUAUUGCUCCAGAAAUUGAUCCUUUGUACUGAAAAACACUGGCAUUUUAGCAAUGCAAAACAUGACAGACUUUGUGGCAAGUUUUUUGCAGAUCUACUGAAAACUGGCAGAAUAAAAUAGUUGGAACAAAAAUUAGUUUUAAUAUAGUACAAACCACCAUGAAGUCUUCGGAGCUUAAUGGAGAUAGAAGAGACUGCAAAUGCUGGAAAUCAGGAGCAACAUAAAGUUGGAGGAGCUCAAUAAGUCAGGCAAUGUCAAUGAAGGGAAAAUGUAUACACACCUUUGAACUGUUGGGCUGCUUCUGGUUAAGCUCCAAUAACUACUUUAAGAUGUCAUUAAAGUGGUUCAUUCUCAGCAAACAGAAAUCACAUCUAUGUUGAUUAUGGUCAAGUGAAGAAUUGUUACAGUUGGAACUUGGGCUUCCCAUUCUGAGAUGGUGAUAUAUGUUUUUCCAGAGAGCACUUUUUAAUGUAGGUAUGUUGGUGGUCACUAAAGGUAUAUGUGCAAUUUAAGCUUUAUCUUGAUAACUGAAGAGUUCAUUUUACUCUGCAAUCAAGAGUUUUCAGAGACUAUUUGAAUACCUUUACACAUCUGUCAAAGAUGUCUUCAAGCACUUUAGUUUUCAAGCACUUUACAUAUCUUUCAAAAUAAAGAAUCAUUAAGUUUCAGAAAAUACUAGUUUUUAAAAAGAUUCCUGUUAAAUUGCUUUCUAUUAUAAAGCACCAUAAGGGUUUAAAUUAUCAAAUUGAAAUUUCAUUUGAAUAAACUUUUUACUUUCAAAACUACUGUAUUUAGAAUCCAAUGAGAUGUUGAAAAUACCCAUGAUUGUCACUUCAGUUUGAGAGUAAUGAGAUAGUUUGCUUGUGUUUUCUGAGAAAGAAGUUGUUAACAUCACAACUACGAUCAGCUCGACAGUAUAUAUUAUGUCAUGAAUUGUUUUUAUUCCACUUUUCCAAUAUCCCUUUCUGCAUGUAUUUUUAAACUACAUCAAUCACAAAGCUAUUUAACAGUUGUAUAUUCUCAUACAGUAACUGAAUCCUAAUGGUUUUUCUUCAAUGAAACAUUUAACAUUCAAGCAUUGUUUCAUCAGUUAAAAUGAUCACAACAAAUCCAAAUAUAUUUCAGUGCAAGAUAACAUUUUUCAAAUGCAGUUGGUGCUUAGUUAGAUUUUAUACAUCUCAUAAAUUCAUAAAUUUUGAAGUUUUCAUGAAUUUUGUUUUUCUGAAACCGUACAGUAGGUGAGUCCCAACCCUUUAAAUACUGUCUUCUCCCAAUAAUACAACCUGGUUCACCUGAAGACAUUGUUUCAUAUUUAGAGUACAAAUGUCAGCAACCAUCAGGUAUCUUGCUGAGUAGGGACGUUAUAUGUUAUAAGCCUGAACAUAUUUUUGUCACACAAAUACCUAGCUGAUAUGAAUGAACAAUUGCAACAUUGCAACUCAAACCAAAGCUGUUUUCCAAAAUUCACACUUGAAAUCCCAUGGGUAGAUCUCAAAUAAUUCCCUGUGCUCUGGCAUCACUUGCUUUACCUUCCCCUCUCACUGAUCCUCAUAUUUGUCAUGAUCUAGGGCUUAAUCUGUGACUUGUUUGUACAGAAUACAACUAAUACAGUGGCAUGCAAAAGUUUGGUCACCCUGGUCAAAUUUUCUGUUACUGUGAAUAGCUAAAUAGUAAAAUGUCUUGUACUCAGAAACUGAUGUCUGAUAUGUUAAUAGGUUAAUAGAACCUUCAGGGCUCAAUUUCUUAAUUGAAAAUUUCAUGAUGUUUUUGAAAUAAAAGAAUUACUCUUA